CAGAUUGACGUGCCAGAAGAUGGCGACAAAACUUCACAAGAGAGCCCAUUGGACACGCUGCGGAAUGAUGAGCUCCAAGAGCAAGGCCCCAUUGGAUCGCUAUCCAGGUCUCUCAUAGAGACUCUGGGUCUCAUUCUUAUUGAGGUCAGGACACACUCCGAUAGGGCUCUACACUAUGGUUCCCUGGAGUCAAGCUGUGCAGCAUUAUUUUUCUGGGAUACUGACCUGGGAUUAUCACGAGGCGAACUCGAUGACAUGCUACAAGACUCUCCUCAGCUGCGCGAUACUUGUCUUACUGUUCUUGUGUCAAUCUCCCAAUUUGUCAGCACAUCGUUGAUACAUCUCAUCAGUAGCGAGCAGCGCCGAAAAGAAGUGUUACAGUCAACAAGUAUUUUGACAUGCCUGGAUCAAACCGCUAGUAUGAUUGAACAGCAAUAUCAUUCAACUGAUAAGCCCGAGCAAGAUGCCGAAACAUUGUGUCAGACUCUCCGUACAAGAAUCGAUACUCUUAUCAUGCUAGCACCCAGCCUGGAAUCACCAGCAGAGGAAAACUUUGAUGACGAAGAGCCACGUGCUAUUCAAUACAUCGAGAGACACUUACCAGAGCAGGCCUACAUCAACAGCGUUUCGGAAAAGUUCCCUCUCGCAGCAUCAGCAAUCGUGGCUCAAUUAGGAAGAUUGAACUGGGAUCGAUACAACCACAUGCUUCGUCUACAACGGGAAACGAUGCAGCAGGAGCUCCAAAUGGCCACCGUGGAAAAAGCAAGGACAAUAUUCAACGACUCUGGUCUCGGAGUGUCUUUACCAGCACAGUCAAAAGCUGUUUCCAGCUCCGAAUCUAUCUAUGCACCAUCAAUUGUUUCUACCAGGGCUGAAGCGAGUCACAAACGUGUGCCUCCAAUUCCUCCACAAGCACGGUCUGGAGAGCCUUUCACCUGCGAAAUCUGCAAUAAACAAGUCAAGUUUCAGCGGACCAAAGCCUGGAAGAAACAUGUCUUUAGGGACAUACUGGCAUAUGCUUGCUUCUUCGCCGAGUGCUGCAAUACUCGCAUGUUCUUCGAGGACAGCGAUGCACUAAUGACCCACCUACAAGACCAGCAUGGGAUGGAUGUUCGACUCUCAGAUGUGGAGUGUCCUCUCUGCAUGGAGUUUACUUCCGGGGACCGUGAUGUCCUAGCACUCCACAUUGCCCGCCAUAUGGAAGAAAUCGCUCUUACUAUACUACCUUCUGGUGUUGAAUCCGACGAAGAAUCAGCAGGUGAUUCUGCAAGC